GUGACGUGUGCCUGACUGUCACGUGACUUCGUGUUUUCCUGCUAACAACAUGGCCACCGAGGAGCUGCCGUCUGAAUUUGACGUCGUCAUUCUGGGCACAGGUCUGGCUGAGUCGGUGGCGGCUGCAGCGUUCUCCAGAGUCGGACAGAAGGUCCUUCACCUGGACAGGAGGAGUUAUUAUGCAGCUAACUGGGCCAGCUUCACCUUCAACGCCCUGCUCACAUGGAUCCAACAGCAGCAGGAGGAGCCUCAGCCACAGGAGGUCCAGGAUUGGUCGAGCCUGUUGGAGGAGGGAGAGGAGCUAAUCUACCUGUCCCAGUCAGACUCCGCCUCCAUCAGGAACGUGCAGGUGUUCUGCUUCACCAGUGAGGAAGACGAGGAGGAGGCUCCAGACACCACAGAAGAAAAAGACUCUGCAGAUCCACAGGUAGAGACAGAGGAGGAGGCAGAGGAGGCCUCCCACAAAGAGGGGGAGGAGCCAGAGCCUCCUCAGCCCCUCCCUCCUCCUGCUCAGAGCCAAUCAGAGCCAGAGCCUCCUCAGACCCUCCCUCCUCCUGCUCAGAGCCAAUCAGAGCCAGAGCCUCCUCAGACCCUCCCCCCUCCUGCUCAGAGCCAAUCAGAGCCAGAGCCUCCUCAGACCCUCCCUCCUCCUGCUCAGAGCCAA